AGUUGUGAUCCUAACAUUAUUUGCUGUCUCUUCUAAACAUCAGUAGUUUAGUGCCCUAGCCAUUGGUCUUACCAUCACCACUAAGUUUAAAAUGCUCUCCUGGGUCCACUGAUCAUGCAAGGUAGCCCGAUAUGCGAGUUUACUGAGCCCUCGGAAUUCAAAUAGCCCGCCACAAGUCAGCAAAUGAAACCCAUAAUUUAUAGAUUCUCCAUCUCUCAACCCAUAUGGAGAAAAACCCAGAGUCUAGCUUUUAGCCAUCUCAUUGAAACCAAGAAAGCUCAUGCCCAUGACUUUAAAUUAGGUACCUCAGCUGUUCAAUCGAGCAAAGCCAUACCAUAUCACUCUGAAUCAACCGCAUUCUUGGAUGCUCGUAAACUGUUUGACGAAGUGUCUGACUUGAGCGUAGUAUCUGCCACGGCCAUAAUUGGCCGCUUUGUUCGCCAGCACCGGUAUGAAGAGGCAAUAUAUCUCUUCUCAAGGAUGCUUGUGUCAAAUGUUAGACCCAAUGAAUUCACAUUUGGCACGGUAAUUCACUCAUCAACUGCACUAGGAAACUUUAAUAUAGGCAAGCAACUUCAUGCUUGCGCAACAAAGAUUGGCCUUCACUCAAAUGUCUUUGUUGGUAGUGCGCUUUUAGAUUUUUAUGUCAAGCUGAGUACCAUCGAGGAGGCUCAAAGAGCUUUUGAAGAUACACGUGAGCCGAAUGUGGUAUCUUACACAACUUUGAUGGGUGGCUACCUGAAAAAGGAGAGGACUGAAGAUGCUUUUCGGGUUUUCCGAGAGAUGCCAGUGAGAAAUGUUGUUUCGUGGAAUGCUAUGAUUGGUGGGUGUAGCCAAAUAGGCCACAAUGAAGAGGCUGUCAAUCUUUUUAUUGAGAUGCUUAGAGAAGGGUUGAUGCCUAAUCAAUCUACUUUUCCUUGUGCUAUUAGUGCAGCUGCCAAUAUAGCAGCACUAGGAAUGGGCAGAAGUCUUCAUGCUUGUGCUGUUAAGUUCUUGGAUAAGCUCGAUGUGUUUGUUGGCAACUCUCUUAUUAGCUUUUAUGCCAAAUGUGGAUCUAUGGAAGAUAGUCUCUUGGUAUUCAAUAAACUUUCUGGAAGAAAUAUUGUUUCUUGGAAUGCUGUGAUAUGUGGUUAUGCACAGAAUGGUAGAGGAGAGGAAGCCGUGAACUUCUUUAAAAGGAUGCGGGACAUAGGUUGUAAACCUAAUAGUGUUACACUUCUUGGCCUAUUAUGGGCUUGCAACCAUGCUGGCCUUAUUGAUGAGGGUUACUCAUAUUUCAAUCAAGCAAGACUUGAAGACCCUAGCAUGCUAAUGCCUGAACACUAUGCUUGUAUGGUCGACUUACUCUCCCGCUCUGGGAGCUUCAGACAAGCUGAGGAGUUUCUUUGUGAAUUGCCAUUUGAUCCUGGAAUUGGGUUUUGGAAAGCAUUGCUUGGAGGCUGCCUGAUUCACUCAAAUACGGAAUUGGGGGAGUUCGCAGCACAAAAAAUCCUCACUUUGGAUCCUGAAGACGUGGCAUCAUAUGUAAUGCUAUCAAAUGCACAUUCUGCAGCUGGUAGAUGGCAGAGUGUGUCAACAAUAAGAAGAGAAAUGAAAGAGAAGGGCAUGAAGAGGAUUCCAGGUAGCAGUUGGAUUGAAAUCAAAAGCAAAGUUCAUGUCUUUGUAACUGGGGACAAAAGACAUCAACAAAAGGAUGAAAUUUAUAUGGUCUUGAGGUUUUGUAUUGAGCAUUUUAGAGAGGUUAAAGCUUCCAAUUUUAUCGAAGAUGAGUUGAAUUAGAUUUGAAAUGAUUAGAGUGGCUCAGCUUUAUAAGUUGGAGUUGUAAAUCUGAGAGUACCUUCCAAAGCAGUUUGAAGGAGAUUUCUCCAACCUAUUGCAUGACAGUUCAAAUGAUCAUCCACCUGUAUUUUUUAGUUGACUCAUUAAGUCAUUUAACAAGUCUAAUGACUAAAAGUGAAUGUGAAUUUAUGCUCAUUUGGUUAAGUUCAAUAAA